AUGCCCAGGGGUCGUAUACGUAUGGUCUGUCUGUUCUGCAGAAAACGCAAGAUCAAAUGUGACAUGAAGAUGCCAUGCUCAGCGUGUAUCAAGUUCAAGGCUGAAUGCGAUUACAGCGAGUUUGCAAAGAACCUGACUAGCAAUCGCCAUGAAAAUGAUAUGGUAAUGAAGCCCCUGCCCUCAUCAGGUAACCAUGACGAGAUGUUUAUGUUGAAGGAAAGACUUCUAGCGCUCGAGGAGACCGUGAAACGAAGCGCCAGUAAGCGGCGUAGCCAGGUGAUCCAAAGUGUUCCCGAGCUUAAUGUCGGUACAGAAUGCAGAAUCAACUUCAAUGUUCCUGUAAAGGUACCUGAGCCGAGAUACUCCCGCCAGCUCAAGCAUUGGGGGCCCUUUAGGUGGAUAGUGUUGGUAAGUUUAGACCCGGUGCUUUUCAACAUGGUCAGAUCGGCCUUCAAACAGAACCCAAACUUAUCGCAAGUGAAGACAGCGCCUACUAGUACGCUGACAUUUUCGCCUGGCUUACUUUGCGGCACGCCAUUGGAGAGUCUGGCUCAUUUGAGACAACAGAUCCAGGGCAUCCUCCCUAAUGCCAAGGUGGUUUGGAUGUUGAUUGACCGGUUCUUCUCGGUGGUUUAUCCUUACAUCCCUGUCCUCGACGAAAUUUAUGUCAGAGAAAUGGUGAAGAGGAUGAUAGGGCCAGAAACAAAUAACGAGCAGCCCACCCAGCUUUCUGCUUGUGGAGAAUUAGAUUUUGCAAACUUGGGAGUUCUUCUCAUGAUGCUAAGAUUCGCUUACUUGACGAUACAUGACUGCAACAAUCGUGUGAAUGUCGCUUCAGCCUUUUCGCCCAAUUCGAUGCAUUAUUUGGCUCAGUAUGAGAUCCCCGAAGAGUACGCCAAGCUUGCACAAAAAUGUCUUGGUCAAUACAACCUCAUUGAUGAAAGUAUCUUUGAUGUCGUGCAGCUUGUGGGCCUUCUAUGCUUAUACAAUAACGUUAACCCGGAGAACUGGAACACAGAUAAUGCCAACCGAACGUUGUUUGCCGUGUUGAAUCAAAUGGCAUAUUGUCGCAGGUUGAAUCGAGAGCCUCACUGCUUCGCCCCACAAGACGACACGAGUCCUAGAUGGAACAUGCUUUGCCGCAAGAUGUGGUAUACUUUUCUAUACUUGGACCUCUCAGACGCAGUCUUUUCAGGAAAUUGUGUUACCAUCAACCCUGAAACCUACGACGUUAACCUACCGUCAUAUCAUGCGGAGUCUUCUAAUGCCAGAGAUCAUGAGAUGGAAAAAGUGCUGUUGAGUAUGUUUGAGCUCAACGAUGAAAUGAAUCGGUUGCUUGUUGACGUGCUUGCGAUGACAGGGAAGCUCACCGGAACCACACCCUUGAGAACGCUCCGAGACAAGAUGGACGAUGUUGAGGCAUUUCUUGCAAAAGUGCAUGAGCAAAUAAGAAAUGCUUUACGGCACGAUCCACUAAGUGAGGUUGACUCUUUCCACAGAAACGCUCUCUUAACUAUUCUACUGAAAGUGCAGUUCAUUCUUUUUAGUGUCAACACUCACAUUUACUACAAUCAUCUUAAGCGAAAAGACUACGGGCUUGCAACCAGUGCAGAAACCAAGCUAAUUACGUCCACGAUGCAGAACGUCAUACCGCUUUUGCCCAUGCUUCUCGGGCACGUUAAGAAUCCGUUCUCCGGUUCCACAGAUCUAUUUUCGAUUUCCCUGUUCGUUAAUUGCACAACCAACAUAUCGUUUUUUCUCGUGAGCUUGUUGAACAAGUAUAAGAGUCAGUAUGCCUCGAUGGAGUGCAACAAUAACCACAAUGGCAGAAUGAGAGCUGAUCUGCGCUACAGCAACUUGUUCGAGGCGCUUGAAAAGUAUAUCGCGACGCUCGAUGAUCUAAUGCUGAUUCUUGGCAAUUUUUACAGCCUGCUCAAAGAUAGAAAUGCGUUAUGCAAGAAGCUUGAUUAUGGCCACAGGAAGUUACAUGAAAUGUUGGACGGCGUUGAAGGUUCUCCGGACGACAAGGCGUACAUACGCACCUCCACACUGUUCUUGGAAGGCUGCAACCAAAUUGUUCGUGAAGGCAUAGAUCGGGUUGAGUUCACAUCUCUCAGGCUGAAACAGGAGCCGCUGCCUGUACCAAAUCACCUUAAUUCCCCGACGGACCUUUUCGACAACCGCAUGUUUGAAAGCCUCGAUUUUACAGUCGACGAGCUCUUGGAUAUACCGAUGCUAGAGAACAUUCUAUAA